CUAUGUAUAAAGGAGUGUGUAAGGGCAAACAUCAUUUGUCAAAUUUGUAAUCGUUUUAAGAAACUUAUUUACUAAUAGAUGUGACUUAUCUUAAUUACUUGUAAUACGUAUUUAUUUUUAAAACAUCGUAUGCUUAAUUCUAACGAGAUAAAGUUUCACUUACAGCACAACAGUUUAUAAUUAUUUUUAAUAUAAUUAAGCAAUGGGUUCGUUAACAAGUCGUCAAAACGCUGGUGUAGAAGAAGUUGAUAUUGUUUCAAAUCAUGCAUACAAAUAUCCUCCUCGUUCGGGAAGUUAUUUUGGUAGUCAUUUCAUAAUGGGUGGUGAACGGUUUGAUACACCUCAACCAGAAGCAUACCUUUUUGGAGAAAAUGCUGAUUUGAAUUUUUUAGGAAGUCGCCCAACACCUUUUCCAUAUCCUCCACCACAAGCUAAUGAUCCUACUAAAACGUUGAAAAGCUUAGUAAAUAUAAGAAGAGAAUCAUUAAGAUUGGUUCGUAAUGUUGAUCAAACUUCCACUUCACCUCAGUGUCAUAGUGUUAAACAUUAUGGAGAUGGUGAUAUAGACAAGAAAUCAAAUCGCUAUAAUAUUGAAUUUACAUUUGAUUGCGAUGUAAGAUGUGCAAUCACAAUAUAUUAUUUUUGCACCGAAGAAAUAACAACAAAAGGAGUUACAUACAUACCAAGGGAUCCAUCUAUGAAUUCUGAGACAUAUUAUUAUAAGAAAGGUGCCAAUCAGUUAUUUUCUCAAACGUCACAUGUGUUUGAUCCAACUGCCUACAGCAAAGAAGAUUUAUUGUACAAUGCUGACAGGGAAAUAAUUCCAAUAGCAAUCCAUUGUGUAGCAGAAGAAGGCUCAGACGAACCAAAACAAUCUCAUACAACUAUUGCAGUUGUUGAAAAACAUUCGGAUGGAACGUAUGUAUUAAAAGCUCUUAAACAAAAGCUUUAUGUUGAUGGUCUUUGUUACUUGCUUCAAGAAAUAUAUGGAAUUGAAAAUAAAAACGCCGAAAAUGCAAAGCAACAAGGUAGUGAUGAAGAUACAGAUGAUAAUGGAUCAGAAUGUGUUAUUUGUAUGUGUGACGUGCGAGAUACUUUAAUAUUACCGUGUAGACAUCUAUGCCUGUGUAAUAGUUGUGCGGAUUCUCUCCGAUAUCAAGCGAACAAUUGUCCAAUAUGUCGGGCCCCUUUCAGAGCUCUUCUUCAAAUUAAAGCUCUACAGAAAGCAACUGGAGCUAUUAUAUCAAAUCCACCAUUACCAGAGGGAAGUUGUGAAAAUAUACCAGCUGGAUAUGAAGCUGUAUCAUUAAUAGAGGCUUUGAAUGGUCCAUAUAUUCCAAGAACUGCUGUUCUUGCACCAGAAUCUCCAGACACUCCUGAUACAGAUACAGCCAGUGCAAUUCAAGCAGCCGAAGCACUAAAUAGGUCUAUAGAACGUACACCUGUAUCGAAACAUGUAUCUUUAAAAGAUGGAGAUAUAUCUGCAAGAACAAGUGGUACUACAUGCCCUACCCCAGAAUUUCGAAUGUCUGUCUUGUUAGCCAGAGAUGAACAUUCAGGAUCACAGAAAGAUUUACAUACCCGAUCUCCAGCAAUGAGAAUGAAAAACUCCGGACAUUUACGGGAAAAGGCAGUAUUACGAUCACGAGAUACCCUUAGACUUGUUAAUGAAAAACAACCAGUUUCUCUUUACGAGUAUUUACAGGGACAAGGACAAGAUGAAGACAGUGAGGCAGAGAAAUUAUCUCCAUUAUUAGAUGCAGCAACUAGUACAGAGGCACUUGACACACAUAGUCGCGGAAUAUGUGAUAUAGAUAUUGAUGACGAGAUUCAAAAUACAGAAAACGAAAAUGAUGCGGAUAUUACAUGUCAUUCACAUUGAAAUAAAUAUCAUCAGAUGAUAUCUAAUUAUAUCUUCUAAAAACAAAAAUAAAA